AUGGUUGUGGCGCCAUGUCGGACGGGCAGGGCGGCGUUCCCGCGGGUGGAGAUUCGGGCGACUGGGACGACACUGGAGACACUGGCAGAGCACCACUAUCUGGUGUGGGAUCUGACGUAUGCGGACGGCGGACGGGUGAAGCUCUGCAAGCGGUGCCCGCGGCCGCCGUACGACCAUAUCAUAGCGUUCCGGUUGGGGCAUCCGCCGGCGACGGUGGUGGCGCACGGGUCGGCGUGGGACGUGGAGACGAUGGCGGCCAUGGAUGCGACCGAGGUGGUGGCCAGCGGCGUGCAUCCGCCGAUGCGGUACGGGUCGCUGGAGGCCGAGCCUGCAGAUGACGACGACUCUGAUGAGCCGGGCGUGCGGCGGUUCAAGGUCUCGGCCGGAUGCAACUCGCACUUUCACGGCAACAAACGGUUCCGCCUCACGGUGACGCUGGUGGAGACGGACGAAGGCGGCAAGGUCCUGCGGACCUCGGUCUGCUCCUCGCCGAUGAUCAAGAUUGUGUCCAAAUUUCUGGGCAAGAAGAAGAAGAAGUCGUCGUCGGCGAACAACUCUGCGAGGUCAUCCAAGAAGGAGGGGACGGGGUCAGGGAAGAGCGCCACUGAGGCGAGCUCGGUGAACAUCGAUGCGGCCCGCAAGCGCGACGCGGCGGCGGCCGAGCUGACUGUGGAGGAGCGGAUUGCCAAGAUUCCCAAACUCGCAGUGGGCACGAGCGUGCCGAGCGGGUUUUCGGCGACACCACCGCUGGUGCCGAUGACCCCAUUUGACGCGUCGGGGUCAACGAUGAUGGGAGGACGCGGGACAAUUCCGGGGCUCACGCCGCGAAUGACGCCCGGCUCGUCGGGCUCGUCGGGCAUGUCCAAGACAGCGACACCGGGCUCUGUCUGCCUCCCGCUCGACGCAAGCAUCGACUCGAUUGCAGCGAUGCCUGCCGGCUCGCUCCUCCUACAGGGCAUCUCGCUCUUUUCGCCGGCCAAGUCGCCGGUCUCGUUUCCGUCGAUGAACAGCGCCAUGUCGACGCUGCAGUCGUUCCUCGACAACUCGUCGAGCUCGUUUGAUGUCAACCGGCCUGCGGCACAGUUGCCGCGGACGAGCAACCCAUCGGACCCACAGAGCCUGUUCGAAGCGCUCGGUCCGUACAACAUCGAUGCCCCGAUUUCCCAGCAGGCGCUGCCGUCGCUGUUCUCCGGGGCGGAUCGCACAGUGGAAAAUGGCGUGUCGGACUUGGGGUCGUCGCCCGCUCCGCGCGCGCCGCCCGGCGCUGUGCCGGGCGGCAGCGAGGUGGCGACGUCUGUUGAUCGCAUUCUCUCGUGCGCGCAACUCUUCCACACCCUCUCGUCGUCGGCGCAGCGCAAGUUUCUCCGCACCAUUUGCGCCUCGUUUCCCGAGUACACGCUUGUGGAGGAGGAUCCAGUCCAUUCGGUCGUCUGCAUCGAGUCGACACCGUCGACACCGACCUCGGCCGCGCCUACGCCAGCGUCCGCGGCGCCUCUGACGGCUGCGGGUGGCAUUGCGCCCAAUUCUGCCUUUGGCGAGCCAGUGUCGGCCUCGACAUCGGCGCCGGCGGCGGUGCCUGCGUCGAGCAAGCCAAGGUCGUCGCAGCCGACCACAGCAUAA